UCCCUCGGAGCUGCCGUUCGGUCCCGCGGACAGUAAAGCUGUUUGUUCCUCGACAGAUGGAGGCUGGCUGCCUUGUCUCAGGCUCAGAGGACAUUUCGUCGCUGUUCCCUGAGCAAACGCCGGGUGCCAAAUACAAAGAUCUGAGCAGCCAGUUCUCCUCCGUGAGACAAGUGCGUGGGGAUGGGAACUGCUUCUACAGAGCCCUCUGCUUCGCACACUUGGAGUCGAUCCUGCACAAUGCCAGGGCUUUACAGAGAUUUAAGGAGAAAAUUAUUCAGACCUGCGAAGACUUUUCCUCUGCGGGAUUUGAUGAGAGUUCCUUCAAGCACCACCUCAACAACGUGGUAUAUGUUGUAGAGCAGUGUCAGGCCGGUGAGCAGGAGGAUGUGCUGCUCCGGCUCUUCAAUGAACACCUGACCUCUGACAGUGUGGUGCAGUAUCUCAGGCUGCUCACUUCGGCACACCUUCAAAACCACGCCGACUUCUUCUGCAACUUUGUGGAGGCGCCCAAUCUGCAAGUCUACUGUCAUCAAGAAGUGGAGGCCAUGGCCAUGGAGUGUGACCAUGUGGACAUUUUAGCUUUGUCACAGGCGCUGGACAUUUGCAUUCACAUCGUCUCCAUGGAAGGCGAUGAACAGCUGGCUCACCACAUCAUUCCAGAGGAUGCUGAACCCUCCCUGCACCUCCUCUACAAAACAUCACACUAUAACAUUCUCUACCCGCGACCUCAACACUGACCAGAGAUCCAGUAGGACUCCACUCAGGAAUAUUGACUGAUGAAUAGAUUCCCUGCUGGGCUUUUAAACACUUAAUGAAAACAGAUUUUAUAAAAUCUUGCAGUGUACAGCCAUUCAACAACAUAUGGAAAUACAAUUUUUGCACACUGUGCAAGAAGUAUUUGGAUGAAUUGCAAAGAAUGUAUGUAAAAUCUACAUAAAUCCUUUUUAAACACACA